AUGAACUCGGCAGGCACCCCAGAGCAGAAGAAGGCCACCGUAUCUUAUUAUCAUCAGCCACUGGUAACGAGUUCCCAGGUAAAAGAAGUAAAGUCUUCGACUGCUACGCCGUCGUCUAGGCAAUUUUGUUGUAGAUUUAAUGAUUGUUUCCGUAUGGGGUCCGUUGUCUCUACGAACCGACAGCAGCAACAAGAAGAAGGAAAGCAGCAGCGUUUGGAGCGGCCAACCUCCAAAUUAGAAGAGCAGGUGACAGACCUUGAAAAGGAAGUCCAGAAACAGAAAGAAAUGCAUACCAUGUACAAAAAGAGAAUGGAGAGCACACAAGACUAUUUAAGGUACUGUCUUCGAGUGGCUCAAGAGAAUGGGUUCCUGGACCUUAUAGUUAACAACAAAUAUCCUAUUUCCCCCGAUGCCAUCAAUGGCAAUGUCAGUCCUCGGGUGCCUGCCUUUGUCUCUCUGCAAUCUGAUCUAGGCAGAGUCAUCAACCAAGCCAAGAUGAAUGGAUGGUACAUUGACCCGGCGGAGAUUAAAUUGCAAGAAAUUAUAGGCCAAGGAAGCACUGCAAACAUUUACAGAGGAAUUUGGAGAGGCCUUGAUGUUGCGGUGAAGUGUAUACACCCCGAUUUCUUCCACAAAAAUGAAAAUGGUGUUACAUUUUUUGCUCAAGAAGUUGAAACGUUAGCUAGGCAGCGCCACCGCUUUAUACUCCAGCUAAUGGGUGCAUGCCUCGACCCACCUACACAUGGGUGGGUGGUGACAGAGUUCUUGAGCAUGACACUGAAGGAUUGGCUACAUGGGCCUGGAAACAGGCGACGAGAGAGGACGAAGCCAAUUCCUCCAUUUCAAGAGAGAUUGACUAUAGCACUGGAGACUGCACAAGCAAUGCAAUAUCUGCAUGAGCAAAAACCGAAAGUCAUUCAUCGUGAUUUGAAGCCUAGCAACAUUUUCCUGGACGAUGCGAAGCACGUCAGAGUGGCAGAUUUUGGUCAUGCUCGGUUUUUAUCUGAGGAAGAGAUGGCACUUACUGGCGAAACAGGAACUUACGUUUACAUGGCACCAGAGGUUAUCAGGUGUGAGCCUUACAAUGAAAAGUGCGAUGUGUACAGCUUUGGAAUCAUUCUCAAUGAACUCAUCACCGGCAAUCAUCCAUAUGUUGAGACAGAUUAUGGACCAGCCAAGGUUGCCUUGGAGGUUGGGGAAGGAAAGCUAAGGCCAGCACUUCCAGAAGACAAUGGCAAACUGGGGGAGCUGAUAGACCUCAUUUGCCUAUCAUGGGAUGGAGAUGCUUCUGUUAGACCACCCUUUGCAAAAAUCACAUCUACUUUACGAGAGAUCCAAAAUAGAAUUAAAGAAACUGUUUAA